CAACAAACACGCCUCGUAUUUGCGCCACAAUUAUCCGGAUUCUCCGGCGCUUCCGGGCACCCCAAAGCAGAAGUCCCUUGCUUCCCAGAUAAAAUUGGCCGGAAAGAAGGGCGACCUGAGAAGGCCCUAGCGCUAUCACCAUGUUACCCCUGGAUUUAGCUUUCAUAAGAGCCUGGCAGGACAUCCGAGCAACGAUAUCUUCUUCAUCUCGGACAUAUCUAUGACAAAAGCGCGUUUUCAUCAUGUCUACCAAUCUCGUCCCCCUUGGCCCGCUUACCACUCUCUGGACUCCACCUGCUAGCUGCCUAUCCACGACCACACAAUGGGGCCAAUUGGGCCAAACCGGAGCCCUAUUCAUUGGUUACCAUUCCGAUUUAGGUCCUGAUGCCGACUGCUUUCCGUCUCAUCGAGCCGAGCCCACAGGGUCGCCAGUUACAACUGCUCUCAUCGCAUUCAGCACUGUUACCGGUCCAACACCAACACCCAUUCCCUCGAUUGUCGGAUUUACUACAAUCACACCGACACCUACUGGGCCCUUCAAAGCCGAUCCCUUGUUUUCUCAAACAGGGUAUACUUCAAAAGUUGCCUACUACUCGCCAGGGAUCUGCCCGUCGGGUUACACGUAUGCCGCAACAUAUACAGGCUGGGAGAAAUAUUACAUAUUUCGGACCCCAUUGCCCACCAGCAGCGUCACGCAACAUUUCUGCUGUCCAUCUGGAUAUAGGCCGAAUCUCCGCAUCACUUCGUCGGUGAAGGGUGGUGCAUUCCGCGACUAUACGACAACCUGGCCCUCACUCGACUAUUUGUUAUGUUCAGCGACUCCCACUUCAGUGGCAAAUGUCUGGACCAUGACGCCGGGAUGGCCGACUGUCAAACCUACAUCGUAUUCAUUGGGAAACGUCGAAUAUGAUGGAUUGCAUGCUGUCCGAGUUUGGGCGAGCGGUGUGAUAGUUGGUUACCAGAGUACUGACACUGCUGUUUUGGAUUAUCUACAUCAGAACAACAUCACUCUGCAAACGUAAGACGUGCUUAUUCCUAAAGUUGUCGCUGCUAAUUUGCUCUUUAGCCACCUCGGAUAUUGGAGUUCU